AAAGACCUGAAAGAAUUAGAAUCUGAAAGAUGAGGACCCGGGCUGGUGUUUGACAGAUGUCAAGGGACAGCCCAAGAGGGCGGGGUUUAACCAAAACUAGUUUAUUUCCUGGUGAGCAGCGACAACACGCAAAGAUGAACGUGGGCGUGGCUCACAGCGAGGUCAACCCCAACACGCAGGUGAUGAACAGCCGAGGCAUAUGGCUCGCCUACCUUCUGCUGACCGUGGUGUUGCACAUCAUCCUGCUCAGCAUUCCUUUUAUCACCGUGCCGCUUGUCUGGACCUUGACCAAUGUCAUCCACAACCUGGUGAUGUACCUGUUUCUGCACACGGUAAAGGGCACACCCUUUGAGACACCUGAUCAAGGCAAAGCUCGUCUGCUCACACACUGGGAACAGAUGGAUUACGGUGUACAGUUCACAGCUUCACGCAAAUUCCUCACCAUCUCACCAAUUGUUCUGUAUAUUCUUGCCAGUUUCUACACAAAGUACGACCGUACGCAUUUCUUAAUUAACACCUGCUCCCUCCUCAGUGUUCUCCUGCCAAAGUUGCCUCUCUUCCAUGGAGUGCGGAUAUUUGGAAUCAACAAAUACUGACAGAACAAACUGAACACUGGAAGUUAAACACUGCAAAUACUGGACUUUUUCGUUGUCUGUCCUCGCUUUGCUCUUUUACGUCUGUCCGAGUCCUCUGUGCUGUCUCUGGGAAGCAAUGUAUGGAAUUGCUGUUUGUAUUGACGGUAAAAGGAGCACAGGUCUGCUGAAGUUUUGUAAAAACAUGUAUCUUUAUCAGAGGUGUUUUUCUUAAAAGACAUCAUUUUCUUCUUGCUGCGGAAGGAGCUACGUGUUUAACUUGCACUGCUUUGGGAUGGGAAAUCUAGCCAUUACCCAUGUAUUCGAGAAAUAUCACACACUGCCUUACUUUCUUCACAAAAUGCACUCUUUAUUGUGUGUUGCAGAGAACUUCGUUGUAUUAAAAUGAUCUAUUCUGCAUUUGAUGAUUGUCUUGAAAGCUGAUAUUACUUUGCCUGUGUGUAAUCAGCCACAAGAUGAUUCUCUUCUACAUGUUUCAUAAUAAUAUUGUUCCCACAAGGUAGAAACAUGAUGUUUGGGACUUAAUGGACUUCCUUGCCAGACACAACCAGGACUGGCUACAAGUCUGUAAACUGUAUGCUUGUGGCUAUUAAUGUGAAUGAUUCCCUUCUUACAUUUUACAUAACUACAAUAAAUUUUUGCUGUGAUAUGA